GCGGCGGCUCCGCCCGCCGGGGCGGCGCUGCCGGGCGGCGCCAUGCCGAAGGUGGUGUCGCGCUCCGUGGUGUGCUCCGACACCCGCGACCGCGAGGAGUAUGACGAUGGGGAGAAGCCGCUGCACGUCUACUACUGCCUCUGCGGGCAGAUGGUGCUGGUGCUGGACUGCCAGCUGGAGAAGCUGCCCAUGCGGCCGCGGGACCGCGCCCGGGUGAUCGACGCCGCCAAGCACGCCCACAAGUUCUGCAACGCCGAGGAGGAGGAGAGCGUCUACCUGCGGAGGCCAGAAGGUAUAGAGCGACAGUACAGAAAGAAAUGUGGCAAGUGUGGACUGCUGCUCUUUUAUCAACACCAACAGAAAAAUGCCCCAGUGACUUUCAUUGUUGAUGGUGCUGUGGUCAAGUUUGGCCAGGGCUUUGGGAAAACAAACAUAUAUACUCAGAAACAAGAGCCUCCCAAAAAGGUGAUGAUGACCAAACGAACCAAAGACAUGGGCAAGUUCAGUUCGGUCACAGUCUCCACAAUUGAUGAAGAGGAGGAAGAGAUUGAAGCGAGGGAGAUUGCAGACUCCUAUGCACAGAAUGCAAAAGUGAUUGAGAAGCAACUGGAACGCAAAGGAAUGAGCAAAAGAAGGCUACAGGAGUUGGCUGAGCUGGAAGCCAAGAAAGCCAAGAUGAAAGGAACCCUGAUCGAUAACCAGUUCAAAUGAAAUGCUGCAUGUCGCUGAGUAUUUGGAGACAGGAGAAAACUACCAGGAACUCUUGUGGCUCUGUCAGCAUAGCAGAAAUAACAGACAGUAUUCCAGAGCAAUGCACUGCAAACAGCUUGGAGAUCAAGUCUCUCCUAGCACACCUAGUAGGGUGAUGCUCUGAUAUUGUAAUAACUGAAAUAGCACUGGAAAAUUCUCUGAAACUGCAGUUUUUUUACAUACCCGGUGUUAUGCCGAAGUGUUCCAGUCAGAACAGUUAGUUUGGGGGAAAUGCUUUACUGGGUGUCUGCGUGGGGUCAGUGUACCUUUAGAUACUUAUCCUAUUGUUUUAAUAAUUUUCAGAUGCGUGUAAAAUUUCCAUAAAUGUAUUAGAGCAACAGGUCAACUAUGCAACAAGGAAAUCCUUGAAGAAGCAAGCUAUGUGCCUGUUGUUCUUUCUGUUAUUUUAAGUGUGUCCAAAUCAUGCAGUACACCCUGAGAGAUCUGCCAUUUCAGCACAGGCUGGAGCAACUUAGAUGCAAGGUUUAGGAGUCACACUCCUCACCCUGGUCAACAGACAGGCUGGCAGAGGUAGCAGUUUAGGCUUGGCAGUAGCUUUCUAAGUCUUAGCUCCUAUUGAACAACAGAAAGCAGUAAAUUUUACAGAAUUCCACAAUUACACCAACAGCUACCUGGCAGAUACAAGAAUGUGAAAUCCAACCCUACUUUAAAAUACCCAAAACAAAAACUGCCUAGGUAUUAGGCCAUUAAUGAGUACAGCUAAGUAGUCUGAAACUUCACUGAUAAAACUGGAGAUCAUUUAAAUUAAAAUAUAGUUUAAUUUCUGAACUAACCUUUGAAUGCACUGACCAUUAAAGGCCUGAACAACAUUAAGACUCCAUUGUACCUCCUUGUUUGGGCAAGAGUAGUUUUGCUUUGUAUCUCUCACAGUCUAAUGGUACUCUACAGUCCAUGUUUCUGUACUUGGAAUUAAAUGACAUAUUACAGGUUUGAACUAAA